AUGGGGCGCGGGAACCCUUCGGCAUUCGCCGCUGAACGUGUCGGCGCCUUGUGCACGUUCCCCGCCAGGUGCGCCUUACGUGCGUCCGAAUCAGACUCUAUUACCUUCUUCCAAGAACCUCUCGCGCUGGGGAUGGCUGAGGAUUGGCGAGCGUCUCCGGCGUCAAGCGCCGGCAAGAGUGAGAGCGCCAAUCGCGAGGUUGCAUUGAAUUGCUAUCUCAAAGUCAGAGACGAGCUAUGUGUGUCUGCGCUGACCGUGCCUCCGCCGUACAGAGACGUGAUGGAGGUCCUACCGGAAUUGCUCUGCACCAUCGCUGAUGACCGUUCCAUGGACGUCGACUCUGAUGUGGAGCAAGCCUUCACAGUCGUGGAAUACGACGACGAAGGAGAGGCCUCGGCUCGAUUUCCGAUGCUGGAGCCAGUCGAGGUCACUAUCCCAGAUGAACUGAGGGUCGAGCCUCACGCGAAGUAUGAAGCAGUAGCGCCUUCCUCAACCAGUGUCCAAGCAGAGCACAAAGACGAUACCUGUCCAUUCAACAUCUACGCCGACUAUCCUGCAUUCGAUCACGAGGCCUUCGCCAACUCGUUCGACUUACGGGCCUGGGAAGUGUAUAAGAAGCCUAUGGAAUACCACAUCACGGAAGAGACGGCACGACGACUGCAUAACGAACACGGAAUGGACUACAACGCGAUAGAUAGAACUGGAAUAACGAAGCCAUUCGUUCUUCACAAAGACCAACGAUCAGGCCAUGUAUCGCUGCGGCACGAACUCGACCUGCGUCCCUCGCGUUACUGGCGAGCCCUUCCAGAAGCUCCAGCGCCGAGGGAUGAAGAUUCCAUCCUCGACGACAUACAGGAAAUGUUCACAACAUUCUGCUCGCUAUGCAUAACCUCUGGUUGCCUGCUGCACCGCGCACCUCGUGGCGAACUCAUCAAGCGUAAUCCUCCCCUGAUGGCCAGAGAGCCUCUUGUGACUCAGGGCCAGCUGAAGAGCUUUGAAGCCAAUCUACGCCAGUUCGGCAGAACCCGAAGAUGUGGUGAAGAGUGCUGGAAUCACCCCGAUAUCGACGACGAGGCGCCACUACCUGAGCUCUCCCCCGCAGAUCACCGCCGCUUGGAAUCGGUUCUGGAAUGCCGCCCGGACGAAUCAACGUGCGCUCUUGCGAUCGUGGCACGUUUACCGUGCUUCCUGAUAUAUCAAUACCGAGCUCAGAAGUUUACCUCCAAGUACAUCCAGCAAGCUAAAGAGAGGUCGGAUAAAAUCCAAGGCAAGAGAAAGAAGCAGACCAGAAGACCCAAACUUCCACCAAAAAUGCCAAUCGCGAACGCAGGACGGCUGCGAAUGGUCGAGGAAGAUGAUAAGGGCGUCGACGACGACGGUGCGCCGAGACCCCCGACGUACGCCGAAUGCGACCCGCGACGGUGCAAGAGUUGCGGGGCGAGCAAACUCGACUACGAUCGGUGUGGCAACAUGCAGAUGCAGGCAGAGCGCGUGGCGUCCAUCGAGGUCAAGCCCUCGAAAUACGGCCUCGGCGCGUUCGCGAUGCACGACAUUCGGAAGAAUCAGGUUAUCGGAGACUACACCGGCGAGAUCUGCAGCCGUCUAUACAUGGAUAACAUGCACGUCCGUGACGGCUUCGCCAUCAGCUAUAUCUUCGAGUUCCAGCGGCAGCAUCGCAUGACACCCGUCAUCGAAGGCGCCACCGUCGGCAACUCGACGAGAUAUAUUAACCACGCGCCGAAGGACCUGGAGGCAAACAAAAAAUCUGGCCUGCCCCUUGAGUAUACCGAGGACGACCCGACGAAGGCCAUUUUCGCUACUUGUGAAGGUCGAGAAACCAUCGUCGAUGGCGACCUGAGGAUGUUGAUCUACGCAUGCAGCGAUAUCCGUCUCGGCGAAGAACUGCGCUUGGACUACGGUGAAGAUUAUUGGAAAGGUCAUACGGAAGAGUCGCUGGAGGACACAACGUCAAUGGACGUGGACGAAACCCUCGAAACAGUCGUCAUUAGACAAAGGCCGGCGCCAGCCUCGUCAAAGACGCGCAGAAAACCGGGGCCAGGACGCGACUCCGAGUACAUCCCCGAACUCGAAGAUAAUGACGAUGGUUUUUGA